CAGCUAUCCUGUCACACACUCAGCAUCAUCACCAGCAGCCAGAGUGUGUGUGUUGUGGGUCACAAAGCUCCACUGAUUAAAGUGUGUUGAAAGCCUGCUAGAUUACAGGAGUUUCACACCCAUCACUGUGCAGCUUGUACCAUCUCCGUUCAGCCACCAGCAGCCUUUAUCAUAACGGUUCAUCUGUCGCCAUGAAUGUCCUCUCCGCCCUCACUUCUCCAUCCUCCUGCCCGCACUUGUACCACCUACCCAGUUACCCCAACAACACCAUCAUACCAAGUGACAAUGCUACAGCGACAGGGAUCAACCAAGUGAUCCUGCUGCAUUACAACUACACCGGCCGGCUGCAGAAAAGGACCAUCUCAAAAACCCAGGACCACAUCAGCAUCUCCAUGGCUGUUUUCCUCUUCCUCAGCAUACUCAUUGUUCUGGAGAAUCUCCUGGUGUUAGUGGCUGUCAUCUCCCGCAUCCGCCACAGCAGUCGUUGGGUUUAUGUCUGCAUUGCCAACAUCACCCUCAGUGAUCUCCUCACUGGUGCUGCAUAUGUGGUUAACAUCUGUAUGUCUGGCAGCCAGACGUUUCACCUUACCCCUGCUCUCUGGCUCUUUAGGGAGGGCAUGCUUUUUGUGGCCCUGGCAGCCUCCAUUUUCAGUUUGCUGCUGAUUGCUGUAGAGCGUUAUACCACUAUGAUCAAACCACUGCCUCAGAAGUCAACCACGAAGAAGUGGCGGAUCUAUGGUUUGGUGGUACUUUGUUGGGUUUUGGCGCUAGUGAUUGGCUUCCUCCCCUUGCUUGGCUGGAACUGUGUGUGCAGCCUGAAUGGAUGUUCCACACUCCUCCCUCUGUACUCCAAAACCUACAUCUUCUUCUCUCUCAUUAUCUUUUUCAUCAUCCUUCUGACUAUUGGAGUGUUGUAUGGUGCCAUCUACUGCCAUGUACAUAAGAGUGCGCAGCUGGGUCCCCAUCGCAGUCGCCAACGCUCCUUGGCUUUGCUAAAAACUGUCAUUACUAUAGUUGGGGUUUUCAUGCUCUGCUGGGGGCCUCUGUUUUUGCUGCUAAUGGUGGAUUUCUUCUGUGUUUCCCGCCAAUGUGCACUGCUUUACAGUGCUGAUUUUUGCAUUGCCUUGGCUGUUCUAAACUCUGGCCUGAACCCCAUCAUCUACGCCCUGGGCAGCAGUGACAUGAGGAAGGCCAUGGCUGAGCUGUUGAGCUGCUGCUGUGUGAGGGCUGGCCUGUGUAACCCAGACUCUUUCAUAUCCAAGGAGACCAGCAGCACCUCAGAGAGUAGGAGAGACAGUCUGAGGAACAGUUUUAAUAAGAUCAGGAAUCUAAGUGUUGCAUCACCUCCAUCAACCCCAAGCAAGCCUCGCAAGGUGACCAGAAAAUGCAGGCUGAGCACCACAACCAGCUGCCUGUCAGUUUCAAGUACUUAAACCACAAAGUGCUCCCCUCCCAAGCAGAAAAGACCCAUGUGCAUUGACACACAUCUUAACUCUUUCCUCUCAGUUUUGGUUUGACUGUUCUCUGCACUGAUGACAUGCUGUAAGAACCUUAAAAAUCUUACUAGCUUAAGUUAGUGUUAACAGAUUUGUUUAUGCUUUGUAUACAUUCUCACUUUUGCUCAGACAGAAAAAAAGACAAGUUAAAAGAACAUAAUUGUUUAUAAAAAAAAAAAUGUGUUGUAAAUUUAUGUAUUUUUUUAUGAA